AUGGUGGCGGUUGAGGAUGACCACCUCACAGCUCGCCUUGGCAAAAUGUACAUGGUGCCCAGCAAGGAAGUCGUUACGACUUCUGAAGCUGCUGACAAGCACCUGAGGGCUUUCGAGCAGGGCUGCGAGGAGUGGAUGUCAUAUCACGCCCAGCCCCACAGUGAGGAGGAUCUGGAAGCUUUCGAGCAGUUUGUUCUGGCACUGCUUUCGGGCCCGGAGUUCAAGUCAGAGAAAGAGUACGAGAGCCGCAUCCAGGCGGUCCGGCGCCAGUUUAAGACCACGCUGUCUAAGCCGCAGAUUGUCCGGGCCUACUACAGGCUGCGGGAUGCCGGCCGCAUCGAGCGAAACCCUUUCUUCGAAAAAGCCACGACGAAGAAAGCUGUGCGCUCGAAUUCUGGGGUGGUGGUCAUUACGAUAGUUACGGCUCCCGGCAGGUUUUCAUGUCCCAACGACUGCUACUACUGCCCAGACGAGCCCGGCCAGCCCCGGUCCUACUUGAGCACAGAGCCUGCGGUUGCAAGAGCUAAUCAGAACGAGUUCUGCCCGGUGCGACAGUUUUAUGAUAGGGCCGGCACUCUUGCGAAGCAGGGUCACACGGUGGACAAGGUGGAGAUUAUCGUGCUCGGGGGCACCUGGUCGCACUAUCCCCGAGACUACCAGGAGGAGUUCUGCCGAGAUCUCUUCUACGCUGCCAACACCUUUGACGAGCAGCUGAGCCAGCUGGGCGAGAAAGGGGAGAACGCGGCCAGGAUCCGAGAGCGUCGGCCUUUGCUUGAAGAGCAGCGCCUUAACGAGAGGGCCGUCACAAAGAUCAUCGGCCUUACCUUGGAAACCCGGCCGGACCAUAUCACCCCGGCGGAAGUUCGCCGGUUGAGGCGCUACGGUUGCACCCGGGUUCAGAUCGGCGUGCAGCACACUGACGACGCGAUCCUCGCAUACAUCAAUCGAGGGCAUGACCGAGCCGCAGCAGUCCGGGCGACUCGCUUGCUGAAGACUUGCGGUUUCAAGGUGGAUAUCCACCUCAUGCCAGAUCUUCCUGGCUCCGACACAGAGAAGGAUUGGGCCAUGUUCCAGGACGUGCUGCAUGGAGAGGAUCUGCAGGCAGAUCACUGGAAAAUCUAUCCCUGCGAAGUCACUCCGUUUACGCGGAUCGAGACUUGGUACAAGGAAGGGAAGUACCUUCCCUACACGCAGAAAGAUCCGCGGCUGCUCACAGAGCUUCUGGCCAGGGUCAAGGCACAGGUGCACCCGUGGAUCCGGCUAAAUC